AUGGAGAUAGUAGAGGCCGAUCCACGACCAUUUCUGCCUUCUGCCAUGUGUUUUGAGGCAAGGUACUAUCAUGAUGACCUCGGUGCUUUCACCUUCCUUGGAGUCAACCAGAACGGCCGCCCCCAUGGUGUCACGGCCCAAGGCUCAUUGAAGAUGGAGAAGGAUCGAGCUGCAACAAUUCGAUCCAUUACAAAAAGAUUGUUGAUAUACUGGGAGGAAAGGAAGCUCUUCAUGCAGAAUCCAGCCAUCAAUAUGGCAGAAUUCACUCAUGAAAGCACGGAAGACCAGGAGGAAGAAGAGUUACAGGACGAAGUAUUAGAUUUUGCACCAGCAGCACUGGAUGACUCUCUGCCAGAAGUGGAGGAUACUUUAUAG